UCUAACUGUCUUUUUUACACCUAUUUACUACUCGAUUCAAGGCCCGUUCUAUCCGCCGUCCUUCAUGUCAGAUAACCGUGUGAUCCAGGACUCCGACGAUGAAGAGGAUCCUCUGUCAGAGGAGGUUACUGCGCCCAUGGUGAACGCGCCGCAGGACGCGCCGGGUCACCAGGCCGGUAAUAUCGACGCGCCCCCCGACGAAUCGCACGCCGCAGAAUCAAAUCAGACAGGCCCGUUGGCAGUUGAUUUCGACCAAUUUCUCCAGUCUCAGGAAACAGGACCGGCAAGGCUAUCUGCCUCUCAACAGCAGAGGGAAGCCAGAUGGAUACCCGGGGAUGCGGGGUGCAGUAGAAACGGUUCGACUAUGAUGGAGAUUGGCCUUGCGCAGCAACGACUGUUCGAAGACGAAGACGCCCAGCACACCCACCAUCCGUCACCUCCAGCGACUGGCUGCUCCGAACCCUUCCAAUCCGGCCCAGACCCGACAGAUGAAAUGCAGCUAGUUCCUGACGUGCAUGCACCAGAAAGCGCUGUCGAUAUCGGAGCGGUCGACCCGAAUGGUGGCUCAAACGAUACGGAAACCCAUGCCGCGCCCGAAUACCCACCGACUGUGCCCUACACUUCCAUACCCCAAUACGUGAUCGGACCUGGAAAUGGCUACUUGAAUGAUGGAGUACACGCAUACCAUGCCCCGGCACAAAACCUGCCCCAGUACAGCAGCAUCACAUCCGACGAUUCCUCCCGAUCGGGUCCGUCAUACAACUUGUUUGAGUCGUCCUUGCGGCCGUCUGAUUCUUACAACGAGAGCAAUUUCGCAAUGAACACCGAGGUGACAGGGCCGACAGAAGCCCCACAGCAAAGUCUACGAAGACACAAUUCCAUGCAAGUACCGUUUUGGUCGCCGCAUGAUACGGAGCCGUUUUCCUCCGUCGCGUCACCGCAGGCUAGCAGGGUGAAGAGUGACGGGGCUGCCACAGUUGAUUUCCACCAGUCCCAGCACAGUGCCGAUGAGCUUGCUGCGCCCGUUUCAGUGGAAGUACAGAUACCUGAAAAGAAGCGGGGACGCAAGAAGAAGCAACCUGUGUUAGAGGAUGAUGAGGAUGACGAACUUGCUCAGCCCAUUGUCCGUGAGCCUCUCGAGCAGGUCGACAAGCCUGAGAAACGGAAGCCGGGAAGACCGCCAAAAAAUGUCAAGGGCAUCCUUGACGAAAAGACCACGAAUGGGACAGAUGAUACAGCCACCACUGGACCCGUGGAAAGUGACUCGCGAUCGUCGGAUAAUGUGGCCAAGAAUUCCACCCGCGCCGGGAAUCAAGUAGCUCUAGGGGAAGCAUCGGAGAAAGAGAACGAGCCCGAGCCCGCGAGGACGGUCCAGGUCGUUGAACCCACAGAGCCCGCUGUGCAAGGGAGUCGAAAGAAGAAGAUGAAGCGAGGGAAAACCACUUCCGUCACCGUCAAGAAAACAUACGACUCCGACGUGGACGAUGAUGUGAUAUGGGUGGACGAGCGCCCUAUAACUACAAAUCAUACGGACCCGCAACCCGACACGGACGCCGGCAAUGCUGAAACAAAUCCACAUGCUGGGCCCGGGACUCACAUCAAUGGUGACACAAAGCCGGCACAGUUUGAGGUCGUCCCGCCGCCACCGAAGAAACGUGGGCGCAAGAGAAAGGCGACGUCAGAACAGGUUCCUGACGAAGCAUCGAAAGAACAGGGAGACAUCGCCGACCCUGGACUGGACGGAAACCAAGGCCAACAGAACGAUACUGAUAGUCCGGCAAUCGAGCCCCCUGCCCGCAGUGAUACGGUCAUGAGUGAGAGCCAUCGGAAGAGCGUAGAGCCUUCUGCCGUCAACCCUUCGGACCCCCUACUAGACCCAACAGCAGAAAAGAAGGAAAAUGUCGAUGCCCCCGCGACACCCCAGAAAACGGGUAAAGCACCAGAAACGCCCGCCAAAGGACCAACCAAGCAUAGUCCGAUCUCCUCGACAUCCCGGGUUCCGUACCGCGUGGGACUGAGUCGGCGGGCGAGGAUUGCGCCCUUGUUGAAGGUUGUCAAGCGAUAGGUGGACCUGGGUUGUGCUGUCCUUGUGUAUUUUAUGUAUUUGAUGUUCAGCUACCCUCACGGCACCUCAGUUUGAGGUCAUGUACCGUGGAAUGUAUGACGACCUAUU